GGUCGACAACGUCCUUUGACGAGGUGCAUUUUGUUCUCAACACCAAAACCCUCCGGAUCACUUCACUUUCCGAGGAAGUGAGCUAACGCAGCGAGCUGCCGGGAAUGUAUUGACGGUCGCAGUCACACAUUAGCGUGGAUUUUGUGUAUUUUAAACGAUUAUUUAGAGUGAGGGUCGGCGGUGAGACCGGCUGGAUAGCUUACUGACGUUAUCGAGCAAACAGGACAACUGGGGAACUUCUGUGUCAACGAGGCUGAAAAUGUCAGGAGAGCCACUUAUCAUCACAAUGGAAACAGCCACGGGGGCCCCCAGUUCUUUCCCCGUGGUUUUGAAGAAAAUAAUGGAAAUGCCUCCGCCGAAUAUACUGGACGGCGACGACGACACCGACAAAGAAAAGCUGUGUCUGGGAGAUGAUGUUGACCUGGGUGGAGGAGGCAGCGAUAUGGGUCCUUCAGCCGCCCUGACCCCCGCUAUCUGGGAGAAAACCAUUCCCUAUGACGGUGAAAACUUCCACCUGGAGUACAUGGACCUCGAGGAGUUCCUCAUGGAGAACGGCAUCCCCACCUUGCCAGACGUGGACUCUCCAAAGGGCAGCCCAGAAGGAAGCUCCAUGAAAACAGGGACAGUAAAGGCCGCACAGAAAAAGGUUACAAAGCCAGCAAGCGUGUCCCCAGUGGCCCUGCUGCCCAUUCAGGAACUGGACAAGUGUGAGCAGGAAGUGGUGAUCCUCACCAAGUGCGACUCUGAUAUCAUCUGCGAUGUUACUACAGAGGUGAUCACCGAGACAGACAGAGCGACGCCCGAGCCCAUCAGCCCCGAUGAGAUCGAGGUGGAUGUCAACUACGAGCCAGAUCCCACUGACCUGGUCCUGUCCAGUGUGCCUGGAGGCGAGCUGUUUGACCCCCGCAAACACAAGUUCUCUGAGGAGGAGCUCAAGCCACAACCUAUGAUCAAAAAGGCCAAGAAGGUGUUUGUGCCUGAAGAACAGAAGGAUGACAAGUACUGGCAGAGAAGGAAGAAGAACAACGUGGCUGCCAAACGCUCACGUGACGCCCGCAGGUUGAAGGAGAACCAGAUCACCGUCCGAGCAGCCUUCCUGGAGCGCGAGAACGCGGCGCUGCGGACGGAGGUCGCAGAGCUGCGGAAGGAUUGCAGCUGCUACAAGAACGUUGCGAGUCGCUACGAAGCCAAAUUUGGGCCGCUUGAGGUGGAAGAAGACCAAUAGGCAGCACUUGAUUUAUUCAUUUGUUUUUCUGAGGAAUAAAUAAAUCAAACCACUGGGGAUGGUAUGUGAAAACGCUAGAAUCGAUCAGACGAAGAAGAGGAGGAGAGCGUGUGUGAGGGUGUGAUGUUGCCAUGGAGAUACAAUAGCAUGUAAAGACCUGAUAGGGUUUUUAUUUCUUUUAUUUGUUAUUUUUUUAAUGAAUUCUAUUUACCAUCUGUGUGAGAUGAGUGCGAGCGGAUAUUAAAGUGCUUCUUCCGUACACUUCUUUUAUCAAGUGUACUUUUACGAUGUUUUGUAUGCCUUUGGCCGAAUGAGAUCAUUUGUGACGUUUAUUUUGGAGAAACUAUGGGAUUUAUUUUAAUUUUUUAAAACAAAAUAGCUAACACUUUAGUAGCAAUUGCAAUAGCUUAGACUAAAUCUGUUGGUCGUUAUUAUAGUAUUGUAGAAAUAAACUGAUUUGCAGGUUGCUUCCAGUUAUUUCCACGUUUAAGUUUAAGACCCACCCACAUUUUUAUUUUCAAAUUUAUAUUAUGUGGCAGAUUACGUGAAGAGCUGGGCUUUUCUACGCCCACAGAAACUUUUGACUGUGACAUUUCCAAUAAUUUAAGCUUCUUCAGGGGAUUGCAGUGACGUGGCAAAAAACAAAACAAAAAACAGGCGGCCACGUUCACUUAUCUUCAUGUACAAGUACUCACGACCAGCAGCAGAGAGCUGUACAUAAACGUCUCCAUGUGUCAAUGUACGUCUCUCACAGUCGCUCCUGUGCCGUUUUUGUCACAGAGUAGGACGCCCUGCUUCCCUCCCUGCAGGUGCUCAACGUUGGCUCGUCCAUUUCCGCCAGUAACGCUUCAGAAGUGUUGUGUGUAGAAUCCACUGAUGCAUGUACUGUAAAUAGUUGUAGCCUAACAUACUUUCUAUACGUCAGACUCGGAUACAGUGCAAGUUAAAUUUUUGAACUACUGUCAAGUUUUAGAUACAUAUCAAGCAAUUACAAUGCAAUUGUACAUUUAUUGCCUGAAUAUAAGAGAUCACAUCUUCAUCAUAAUGAGUGAUUAAUGUCUCAGAAUCUGUGUUAAAAGGCAGACUGCUGAAUGCUAACAGGGCUUUAAUUAGUGACUCUCCAAAGGCAGUUGGAGGUGAAGUGUGCUGGCAUCAGCUGUGAGGCCAAUAUGAAGCAUGUUGGCUGCUGGUUAAACUUAAAAGAAUCACAAUAUAUUGCUUGAAAUGAACAAUCAGUUAUUCAAAAACUUGACUGGGAGUGUAUGUGCAUUUAGAUUGUAACUGUGCUGCUGGACACAUUUAUCAGUCUGUUCUUUCUGAGGCUUGUAGGCUGGCACUGUCUGUUGCCAACGGAUGUUUUAUAAUUGUUUUUUUUUUUGACAGACCAGGAAGCAUCAAUAGGUGCAGACUGUAUUGGGGCUUUCAUCAACAAGGAACCCCCAGAACUCGCCAUUUCAAUGCAGUGUGCAGUCUGACAGUUUACAGGGGAGGCGCUUCUGUGUAACAACCCAAAUUAGAGUUGUGACUUAAACCAGGGUUAUUUUACUGUCCGGUUCUGACAAAAAUGGGAAACUGUUAUUUUGUUAUUUUGCUGCUGUGCUUCCAUCCAUAAAUAUGGUGAGUUUUUACCGAAAGGAUUCAAUGUUCAUUGUCUUUUUUUAGGGAAAGGGUUUCCAUGUAUGAAGAAUGUUCAAGCAGAAAAUACUAGUAAGUUUAAACCUUUUUAUAGGUUAUUUUUUUAUCAUUACAACCUGCAGUACAUACAGCUGUCUGUUCUUACAUUGUGCUUUUUUUUGUUCACGUUAACAGACAUGUUUAAUCUUUGUUGACCUUUAUCACGAGAUCUCUGAAGUGUAAUUUUUAGAGUAAUUCUGAGCUUCCUGACUGGUUUUAAUAAUUUUCUAAUGCUUUCUGCUAUAAUACAGGUUGCAUCUGCCUUCUAUCUGGAACAGGUCAAUUUGUUAACUUUGAGGGGUUGUUUUUAACCUUCCUGGUUCCGUCUUUGUAUUUCUUUGUAAAGAAACAUCAUGGCAUUUUGAGUGUGGCUACUUUUUGUGUCUUGUAUAUACAGUAUGUAUAAAUAAAGCCUUGUUGAGAACAUC